AUGUUAGAGGAAGCAGCUGUUAAAUCUAAGAAAGCUACAGAUACCUAUAAACUUUAUGUGGAGAAGUAUGCAUUAGCAAAAGCCGAUUUUGAACAGAAAAUGACAGAAACAGCUCAGAAGUUUCAAGAUAUUGAAGAAGCUCAUCUCAUUCACAUAAAGGAAAUUAUAGAAUCCUUGUCAAAUGCUGUAAAGGAAAUUCAUUUGCAAAUAGCCCAGGUCCAUGAAGAAUUUAUAAAUAACAUGGCUAAUACUACAGUUGAAAGCUUGAUUCAAAAAUUUGCUGAGUCAAAAGGCACUGGGAAGGAAAGACCUGGCCUCAUUGAAUUUGAAGAGUGUGACCCUGCUAGUGCAGUUGAAGGUGUAAAACCAAGGAAAAGAAAGACUUUUGGUUUGCCAGGGAUAAUUAAAAAGGAAAAGGAUGCAGAGUCUGUGGAAUGCCCUGAUGCAGAUUCACUUAACAUUCCUGAUGUAGAUGAAGAAGGCUAUAGUAUAAAACCAGAAGCAAAUCAGAAUGAUACCAAAGAGAACCAUUUCUACUCAUCUAGUGAUUCUGAUUCUGAAGAUGAAGAACCAAAGAAGUAUCGGAUACAGAUCAAACCCAUGCAUCCAAAUAACUCCCAUCACACAAUGGCUUCCCUGGAUGAAUUAAAAGUGUCUAUAGGAAAUAUCACUCUCUCCCCAGCAAUAUCUAGACACAGCCCAGUGCAGAUGAAUCGGAAUUCAUCUAGUGAAGAGCUAACAAAAUCCAAGCCGUGUGCCGCAUCCAUUGAGAAAGGGACCAGUGAUUUACUUGCUUGGGAUCCCCUGUUUGGACCAUCUCUUGAUUCAUCAUCUUCAGCUUCACUAACUUCGUCAUCAUCAUCAGCCAGGCCCACAACUCCUCUUUCUGUAGGCACCAUUGUCCCACCUCCAAGGCCUGCUUCCAGACCAAAGCUUACUUCAGGCAAACUCAGUGGGAUUAAUGAAAUACCCAGGCCAUUCAGCCCACCUGUAACUUCCAAUACCAGCCCACCUCCUGCAGCUCCUUUAGCCCGGGCAGAAAGUUCUUCCUCUAUCUCAUCUUCAGCUUCAUUAAGUGCUGCCAAUACUCCAACAGUAGGUGUGUCACGAGGUCCCAGCCCUGUCAGCCUUGGAAAUCAAGAUACCUUACCUGUGGCAGUUGCCCUCACAGAAUCUGUUAAUGCCUAUUUUAAAGGAGCAGAUCCCACCAAGUGUAUUGUGAAGAUCACUGGUGAUAUGACAGUAUCAUUCCCAAGUGGAAUUAUUAAGGUCUUCACUAGCAAUCCAUCUCCAGCUGUGCUAUGCUUCAGGGUGAAGAAUAUCAGCAGACUAGAGCAAAUUCUUCCAAAUGCACAACUUGUGUUCAGUGAUCCAUCGCAGGGUGAUUCUAACACAAAAGAUUUUUGGAUGAACAUGCAAGCUGUUACUGUCUACCUCAAGAAGCUAUCAGAGCAAAAUCCAGCUGCUUCUUAUUAUAAUGUAGAUGUAUUAAAGUAUCAGGUAUCAUCAAAUGGUAUUCAGUCCACUCCUCUAAAUCUUGCAACAUACUGGAAAUGCAGUGCUGGCACCACAGAUCUUAGAGUGGAUUAUAAGUACAACCCAGAAGCUAUGGUCGCACCAAGUGUGCUUUCCAACAUACAGGUGGUGGUACCUGUGGAUGGAGGAGUCACAAACAUGCAGUCCCUUCCCCCUGCAAUAUGGAAUGCAGAACAAAUGAAAGCCUUGUGGAAACUCUCUGGUAUUUCAGAGAAAUCAGAAAAUGGAGGUUCUGGGUCCCUCAGAGCAAAAUUUGAUCUUUCAGAAGGACCUAGUAGACCCACCACACUUGCAGUGCAAUUCCUCAGCGAGGGAAAUACCCUCUCAGGAGUAGAUAUUGAACUUGUAGGCACUGGCUAUAGGCUUUCCUUAGUAAAGAAGCGGUUUGCCACUGGACGAUACCUGGCGGAUUGUUGAUAGACCUGGGAAACUGGUUGGCUCAAGAGAAUUACAGGCCUGCUAUCCUGUGUUGUCUGUUCUUUCCAACUCUAUUUUAGCUUGUAUUAGGUCUUUGAACUUACACAUAUUUGAGAACUGAUUACAAACAUUAAAUUGCACUUUUGAAGUGAGUCAUCAAAAGCAGUAGCACUGAAAUGAUUUUCAACUCUGUUAAUGAUCAACUGCCAUAUUCCAGAAGCACCUUUGUUGAGAUUCUCAGUAAAAUGAAGUUUUCCUAGGCUGAAAUUUUACAUUAUCUUCAGUGUCUGAGUUGUAGCGUAUUAUCACGCCUAAAAUUUCAGGAGAGCAAGCACAAAAUAAUUCAGCUUUCCAUUAAUUUUUAGAGUCAGAAAUUUCCUAAGUUUGAUAUUGAAUGGAGACACACAGAACGUGAAUUGUAAGUUUUGGAUAAUGUUAAUUUAGAAUACUCAAUCAAAUUGAGUUAUGUGCCAUAAUCAGACCAGAGUCCAAGGCGUAUGCAAAAAAUGUAUAAUUUGAUUCUCAUAUAAACAUUAAUAAAGUAUAGAUGGUGUUUUGUAUGUUUUUUAAUUCUCAAGUGCAAUGUGUUUUAAAAUAAGCUUGCAAAAGACCGCAGAGGAAUUUACUUCUGCAGUUAGUUAACUUUAUAGAAUUUGUGAUUGUUUUUAAGAAUUAAUGCUGUAGAUUUAAUUUAUUUUUAUAUGGAUUACAUAAUGUGUGCCUUUUAAAACAAUAACAAAAGCCAGAAAUGUGCCUAUCCAGUUUGUGUUCAUUAACGUGCCUCACUUCCCCCCCCCCCCCACAGUCUGGAUCUUCUAUCUUAGGGUGGUCAUUUUUACAAGAUAAUUGCCAUUUCUGUAAAUACCUUUGGCCUCAGUUGGGAAGGGAAUUCAGAGUAACUAAAGGGUAAUUUGUACUUAAAAACCCUGGCUCACUUCUUUAGUAAUACACUGUAGCCACUAGAAAGAGAACUAUACCUAAGGGCAUAUGUUUACAGGGGGGAAAGUUACCUUCAGUUAUUCCACCUAAGUAUGUAAAUCAUAAAACAAACAUUGAAAAACUGAUUAAUGGUUAAUUGGUAACUGCUGUUUUAUUUCUCAACUUGGCAUUUCCCUUCAUUCUGUUUAUCAUUGGAAAUUUAUAUACAUUUACUGAAUGUGAGCAUGAAUUUUGUAUUUUGUGAGGAACACAUUUAAGAAAUACUAGUUUUGGCAUUGGAGAAGUACUGCCAGUUGUUUUCAUUUCAACAGUUGGAAAAAUUACCAAUUUAUAUGUUUUUAUUAUUUAACUGCCACCUACUAGAAAUGGGGAGAUUAUUUGAAGUGAUGGAUUGGGUUAAGCCUUUCUUGAACUACUAAUAUUAAAUAGUAAAAAACCUAACUUUGUAGCAAAUCCUGAUUAACUGAAAGACUUAAAAUAUUUUGGACAGUUUCAUAAUUUACAAAUGGGAGUUUUAUUUAUAAGGAUAAAUGCCAGUGUCUGCAUUUUUACAUAGAAGUGAUAAAUUGUGUUAUAUAAUUUAUAUAAAACCACUAAUUAUUCUGUUAAGCUUUACAGAACAUAAAACCCCUACUACUAGACACUUAUGUAAUGUCUUGCUCUACUAAAUAUAGCAGGAAAUCUACUUAUUAGCAAUACAUAUAACACAAUAUGUGCUUUUUAAAUAUAUUCAGUGUUAGCCCAGUUCUAAAUUUAGAUUUGACUAAAGCAACACAUUAAGACAAUUUGCUGAAAUGUUCAUCUUUACUACAUAGCGAAAUGAGAAUUGCUAACUCUUACAUUGUGUUCUUUUAAAUGCCAGUUACAGUCCCUUACUGGAAUCUUAAAUGUAACUGCUUUGUAAUUGGGCUGCUUUUAAUGGGCAGUUAAUACUUUAUUAUUGGACUUGACACCAUUACACUCACCAUGUUUGUUUUUAAAUCAAGUAUUACCUGAAAAUGUUCAAAUUAGUGAAAUGGUUAAACUUCUGCACUUUCUUAAUUACCACAGUCUUCAUACCAAGUGUUGAUACCUACAUUUGUAUUUAGGCGCAGGUUACAAUUUUGAAGCCAUAUGAGUUUAUAGUGAUUUUUUCAUUUAAAAAUCCACUAAUGGUA